AUGUUUGGCCUAAACCGUUCAACAUUUGGUGGUGCAUCAACGCAACAAGCUCCUUCUAAUGCUUCUCCAUUUGGUGCACAACAAACAAGCACCAAUUCCUUCGGAAUGAAUCAACCAAAUGCCACUACUCAGCAGCAGCAAGGAUUUGGCGGAUUUGGUAUGAAUAAUACCACAGCUAACAAUACUACAGGUUUUGGUUCUAAUGGCACUACUAACACUAGUAUGUUUGGUCAAAAUACAAAUGGUGCACCAAGCAAUCCGAUGUUUGGUAAUAAUUCGGGUGGUAUGAACAAUACUUCUUUGGUGGGUAAUUCGAUGAAUCAAGCCGGAUCUAACAACGGUACAGGUAUAAAACCAUUCACUGCAUAUCAAGAAAAGGAUCCAGUAAGUAGUGCUACGAAUGUAUUCCAAAGUAUUACAUGUAUGCCAGAAUAUCGGAACUUUUCAUUCGAGGAAUUGAGAUACCAAGAUUAUCAAGUUGGUCGUAAGUUUUCAAACUCUCAAGUGCCAGUAACUAAUACCACUGGUGUAAACUCUUUUGGCCAGAGUAAUGUGAACAAUAACAACGUCACUACAAAUAAUGGUGGUCUAUUCAGUAGUAACAACAAUACUAAUAGCACGACAACUGGUGGACUGUUUGGUCAAAAGCCUACUACUGUAUUCGGUGCCGCCGCUGGUGCUGGUGCUGGUCUUUUUGGCCAACAAAAUACUAAUAAUAAUAAUUCAACUACCAUGAAUUCUCCAUUCGGUUCAAAACCCCAAGGUAGUGCUGGUCUAUUUGGUCAACAAAAUAAUAAUGCCACUGGGUUUGGACAGCAAACUAAUACAACUACAUUUGGCCAGAAUAACGUUAAUGGGUUUGGUCAACAGCAAGCUACUUCUAAUAACACAUUUGGUCAACAAAAUACAAACACAUCGGGUGGUCUCUUCGGGCAAUCUAAUAACAACACCUUUGGUCAACAAAAUGCAAACACGUCAGGAGGGUUGUUUGGUCAAAAUAAUAACCAGCAACAAAGUGGACUAUUUGGAAAUAAACCAUCAUCUGGUGGAUUGUUUGGUCAGAAUAAUACUAACACCAAUACUGGUGGUAUGUUUGCUCAGAAUAAUAAUUUCAACCAAGGUAAUACAAGUGGAACAUUUGGUCAGACUAAUAACAAUAAUUCUAUGUUCGGAAACACAAGUAAUACAAACACUGGAUUUGGUGGACAACAGAUUGGUGUAAAUAAUUUCAAUCAAAAUCAAUCUGCUGGAGGACUAUUUGGUAAUAAAUCGGCAGGCGGAUUAUUUGGUCAAAGUAAUAAUGCCUCCCAGCAACAAGAUGGAUUGUUUGGUAAUAAACCUGCAACUGGGGGAUUAUUUGGUCAAAAUAGUGCACAACAACCACAGCAAGGUGGUCUCUUCGGCCAAAAUAAUAUGCAACCGAACCAAAGUAGUGGCCUAUUUGGUCAAAACAACCAGCAACAACCUUCAGGUGGUUUAUUUGGACAAAACUCUAACCAGCAAUCAAGUGGAUCAUUUGGCGCUAAGCCAUCAACAGGAGGUUUGCUUGGUCAAAAUAAUAACCAACAGAAUUCAUCUAGCGGUCUGCUUGGACAGAAUAAUGGUCAGCAACAGAGUAUAGUGGGGGGAGGUCUCUUCGCGCAAAAUAAUCAACAGUCAGCUCAAACAGGCGGUCUAUUUGGUGCCAAGCCUUCUAAUACAGUGGGUGGUGGAUUAUUUGGGAACAAUAACCAGCAGCAACAGGCAUCAGGCGGACUCUUUGGUGCAAAACCGGCAGGAUCUUCAUUUGGUGGCAACGGGUUAAACGCUGGUGCAAACACGAGUGGCGGUCUAUUCGGUAAUAAUAUGAAUAACACGAACGCUAGCAAUCAAUCAACUUUUGGAGGAAGUACCACAGGCGGUUUAUUUGCCGCUAAACCAGCUGCACAAGUAGGUGGUGGGUUAUUCAACAAUAGCAGUGGUGCAAAUGGUUUAGGCCCAAAUACAGGAAGUACUCUCUUUGGGUCAAAACCAUCUACAGCUACUCAGGGAGGUGGACUAUUCGGAAAUAAUACAUCUUCUGGUUUUAAUAAUACAUCAGUUGGGACUGGACUUUUUGGUGGCCAAAAACAGGCUAAUUCAGUGCUAGGUUCUCAAACUCAGAUUGGAGGACAAGUAUCUCAAACAUCGGGUCAACCGGACAAUUUAGUUACUAAUAACCCAUUUGGUUCAGAAAACCUUUUCAAUAGAAUCGUAAUUGAUGAAAAUGGGUUAAAAUCUGCUAAAACAAUAAAUAUUACGAAAGUAAACGCAGAAAUAAAGAAAAAUAACACCCUGACUGGUGCAUACAAACUGGUUCCAAAACCUUUAUUCUCAACAACACAGCAUAUCCAUUCUGAAGAUGGAAGCACGAUGCGUAAGAUUCUACGAUCAAAAGAAUCCGGAAUUAAUAGCGGCAUUGGUUUAUCGGGGUCCACACAAAGCAACGAAUCUUUGGCAGCCAGACCAUCCUUGUUAUUAGUAAGUAAUGACACCAGUGAUAGUAAUGGAGUCGUAGAGAAACUGUUAUUUAACCCUGAGAAAAAAACAUUCAAAGAUUUCCUUCAACAUAAACUUCAUGGAAUUGCUGAAAAUAAAAAAAUAAGAACAUCUCCAGAACAACAAGAAUCGAAAGAUGAGAAGAUCCCAUUGAAGGGAUCGAGUACACAAAUCAUGCCUAAAACUACUGAGAAGAUAACCAACCCUACAAAGAUUGACUCUGAGUCCAUUGUAGAUGAGAGAACGGCCGAAAGUGAAAAUAAACCUUCCCCUCCUGGUAUGAAGAGUUUAGAUUUCUCGUUUAUUGAUGAUAACUAUUAUAUUUCUCCAUCUAUAAGUACAUUAUCAUCCAUGUCGCUCUUAGAUAUACGUAAGGUGGAACAUUUAAUUAUUGGCCAUAUUGUUUACGGGAAAGUGGAAUUUCUAAAACCGGUUGAUUUAUCUGAUAUUCCGGUCAUACUAUUAUGUGGAAAGUACAUAAUUUUGAAACAAGGAUCUUGUAAGGUAAUUCCAUAUUCUGGAGAAGAUAUGGUGGAAGGUUCUGGUAUCAAUGUUCCUGCAAGAAUAACAUUAUAUAAUUGUUAUCCAACCAAUAAAGAAAAUAGACAACCUAUUAAAGAUGCGCACCAUAGCAUAGUCAAAAGGCAUAUUCAAAAAUUAAGGAAAAUACCUAACACAAAAUUUGAAACGUAUGAUCCAGUUAGUGGUAAUUACAUAUUUACUGUUCAGUCUCCAAUCUGA